AUAACUAACACACGGACUCAGUGAGAAGGACUCCCAACAGUUUCACUGACGGACUCUUCACCACUUAGAGCGAGACGACUGUACUGAACACGUCCUCCUCCAGCAGACUGCAGUACAGAGCUCCCUCUCUCUCUCUCUCUCUCUCUCUCUCUCUCUCUCUCUCUCUCUCCCUCUGAAAGUGAAGUGGAGAGCUCAUUCAGACUCAGUCAGCAGUGAACACAACUAACCCACACCGGGAAAGUCAGUUACAGUAACAAUACCCAAGUUUUCAGUUCCUCUGCUCGUUCUGGGCUGAAUGUGUCGGUGGAGGCUCACACACGGAGCUGGAGAUGGAUGUGCAGAGACUGAAUGAAAGUCAGUCAGCGGUGUGGGAGUGCGGUGCUGGAGCUGGAGCUACUGCAGAAAACUCCUCAGCCACACUGGAGGUGAACGGCACCUGUAGCAACGCGUCCAUAGCAGCCCCCAAACUCCAGCCCACUCGACAGAAAGAAAUGGACUCGCUGCGGAUCCUCCUCUACUCACUCAUCUUCCUCAUCAGUGUCUUUGGCAACCUGCUGAUCAUUGUGGUGCUGAUGGUCAAUAAGCGCAUGCGCACUGUCACCAACUCCUUCCUGCUGUCACUUGCCGUCAGUGACCUCAUGAUGGCUGUUUUCUGCAUGCCCUUCACGCUCAUCCCCAACUUAUUGGAGGACUUCAUCUUUGGAGCUGUCAUGUGCAAGACGGUUACCUAUUUCAUGGGUAUCUCGGUGAGCAUUUCUACCUUCAGUCUAGUUGCCAUAGCAAUCGAGAGAUACAGUGCCAUCUGCAACCCGCUGACAUCCAGGGCGUGGCAGACCCGCUCACAUGCCUACAAAGUCAUCGCUGGAACCUGGGUGUUGUCUGUGAGCAUCAUGGUUCCAUACCCGGUCUUCAGCACGCUGGUGUCCUUUCACAAACCCAACAAUACCACCGCCCACAUGUGCCGUCUAGACUGGCCCAUGAGCCAAGUGGAGCAGAUCUGGUACGUCCUACUGCUGUUUAUUCUGUUCUUCAUCCCAGGUGGGGUAAUGACCAUCGCUUAUGGCCUCAUCUCCAGAGAGCUCUAUCGAGGGAUUCAGUUUGAGCUGGAGCAGAAGAAAGACAGUAGUGUACUGGCAAAUGGAAUGAAUGGCACUGUAUCCCGUGGUCACGAUGAUGGUGAUGGCUGCUACAUCCAGGUGCCCAAGAAGGGUCCAGCCAUGGAGCUGUCCACCCUUAGCACUUCAGCCCCCAAGACAGACCGGCCGCGUAGCAACACCUCAGAAGCCAAACUGCUUGCCAAAAAACGUGUGAUCCGCAUGCUGAUCAUCAUCGUGGUGAUGUUCUUCGUCUGCUGGAUGCCCCUCUAUGCAGCAAACACCUGGAGAGCCUUUGACCAGCUCUCGGCAAAGCGAGCCCUCUCAGGAGCUCCUAUCUCCUUCAUCCAGCUGCUGUCAUACACCUCCGCCUGCGUCAACCCCAUCAUCUACUGCUUCAUGAACAAGCGCUUCAGAAAGGCUCUGCUGGCCACCUUUGCCUGCUGCAGUCUGCCAUGUCGGCGCCGCAGGAGGAGGGACGGUGACGAGGACGUCACCGGGGUCACUGCAGCAUCCAUGUCGAAAUUUAGCUACACUACUGUUAGCACGGUGGGACCAUGCUAA